CAUUCUUCAAUCCCGCCUUUUGGUUUAUGUUGUUCUCUCUCUAAUUUGCAGCUGGCUGUUAACCGCUUGUGUACUAACUACAUUGACUGGAUGCUGACAGACAACAGUGGUUAUUUUUACCUUUUUUUGUUGCUUGAGACAAUUCAGUAGUCACUGUUUUCCAUGUUACUAAAGUUAAGAAAGAGGAAGUGAGAAGGAGGUGCCGAAAGCCCCAAGAAGUGCUGCACGGUCCACAGCACUAUGAGAAGAGGAAGUGCAAGCAACAGCAAAGUUCACUAAACACAAGUCUGAACAGAGACAAACCGAUAAUUCUCCCAGAGAGGUCUGACAGAGGUGUUCCAGAAUGGCUCAGAACUGCCUCAAGUGUUUAAAGUACACCAUGUGUGCUGCCAACUUCCUUUGUUUUAUGUGCGGCGUGGCGGUGCUGGGCUUCGGUGUGUACAUGAUGGUGAACUUCAGGCUAGCCGCACUCACCCCUGCCCUGGCCAACUUCAACUUAUCCAACAUGCUCCUGAUCAGCGGCAUCGUCAUCACCUGUGUGUCCUUCCUGGGCUUCCUGGGAGCUCUGAAGGAGAACCGCUGUCUCCUCCUGACGUUUUUCCUGCUGCUGUUCUUCCUGAUGCUGAUAGAGCUCACAUUAGCAUGCUUGCUACUGGUGUAUGAGGAUAAGAUUGGUGAAUUGAUGACAAAAGAUCUCAACAACGGUUUGGAAAAGGCAAAAGCAAAGAAUUCAACGAGAGUGAUGAGUGACUGGGACCUGCUUCAGGACAAUUUUAAGUGCUGUGGGGUGAAGAAUUUCACAGACUGGGGACAGGACGUGCCUUCAUCCUGCUGCUCGGGCCCCUGUGGCAAAAUGCCCAAGUACAACGAAAAGGGCUGUUUGGAAAUGUUGAAGACCUUUUUUGAGGAGAAUUUCCUAACCACCGGAAUUUCUGUCAUUGUCCUCUGCAUUGUCGAGGUUUUGGGAAUGUGUUUCGCCAUGACACUCUUCUGCCACAUCAGCAGAUCUGGACUGGGCUACAAGUUAUAGACACGAUUUUCUCAAACUAAUCUUUUAUCUGCAUAUUUUAGGGUUGAUAUUAUUGUACAGUUCUGUCUUUUCAAAAUCAUGUUUGCAGAAGUCUAGAAAAGGCGCAUGUAAUGUUACUGGAAAAGCUUGGUGAUUUUAAUAAACUGUUUUUACCACGAUCCUAUUUUGAACUUGAUGUUAAUGUUUCCUUUCACUAGAAAAUUAAGCUAAAAUGUUUUCAGACAUGACAACUUCUGUAAUUGUGAGUGCUCAUGUUAUAUAAAAAUGCUAUUUCAGGCUGAGCUGUGUGAAAUGACGAUUCUGUAAAAUGACGAAAUGGAAUCACUAUGAAAAGCAGCUUUUGUAAUAUAUUAUAUAUCCACUGUAACUUCUUCCACAAACGUUUCACACAAUUUUGGGAACCUUCUAAUGAACAAAUAAAAUACAGUAUUAAAACUGAA